AUGGGACUUCCAACUCUGGAAUUCAGCGACUCUUUUCUGGACAGCCCUGAUUUCAGAGACCGUCUGAAAUGUCACGAAAUCGAGUUGGACCGUACAAACUCGUUCAUAAAGGAGCUCAUCAAAGAUGGAAACAUGCUCAUCAGUGCGCUGAAAAACCUUUCUGCAGCUGUACAGAAGUUUUCACAGUCCCUUCAGGAUUUCCAGUUUGAGUGCAUCGGUGACGCAGAAACUGAUGAUGAGAUUAACAUUGCUCAGUCAUUAAAGGAAUUUUCUCAGCUAUUAAACACAGUUGAGGAGGAGAGACGGCGACUUAUACAAAAUGCUGAUGACGUCUUGAUCACGCCACUGGAGAAGUUUCGCAAGGAGCAAAUUGGGGCUGCCAAAGAAGGAAAGAAGAAAUUUGACAAAGAAGCAGAGAAAUAUUAUACUGUUCUGGAAAAACACCUGAAUUUGUCCUCUAAAAAGAAGGAGUCAUUUUUACAAGAGGCAGACGCCCAGAUCAACAAGGAGAGACAGAUUUUUUGUGAUGCCUCUCUGGAAUAUGUCUUCAAAAUCCAAGAAGUGCAGGAGAGAAAGAAAUUUGAGUUUGUUGAACCGCUCCUGGCAUUCCUUCAGGGUCUGUUCACAUUCUACCAUGAAGGUUAUGAACUGGCACAUGAGUUUGAGCCAUACAAGCAGCAACUGCAGUUCAACCUACAGAAUACAAGGAAUAACUUUGAGAGCACUAGGCAGGAAGUGGAGAAUCUGAUGAAGAGGAUAAAGUCAGCAGAGCAGGACUUCAAAGCCCCUGGACAGUGGACAAUGGAGGGUUUUCUUUAUGUGCAGGAGAAGCGACCCCUUGGAUUCACAUGGAGCCGACACUACUGCACAUAUGAAAAAGAGACCAAAAUGUUCACCAUGAGCAACUCAGAGAUCAAAUCUGGAGGCAAACAGAACGGACUGGUGAUGAGCCCACCCGAGAUGUUCAAGCUCAAGUCCUGUAUCAGGAGGAGGACGGACUCCAUCGACAAACGCUUCUGCUUUGAUAUUGAAGUGGUGGAAAGGCAUGGCAUCAUCACCCUGCAGGCUUUGUCUGAAUCCAAUAGGCGUUUGUGGAUGGAGGCCAUGGAUGGAAAAGAGCCGAUUUAUACGCUGCCAGCCCUUCUUAGCAAGAAAGAAGAAACAUUCCUAAAUGAGGCGGGGUUUAACUUUGUGAGGAAGUGUAUUCACCUUGUGGAGACAAGAGGUAUCCAAACUUUGGGCCUGUACAGAAUAGGAGGAGUGAAUUCUAAAGUGCAGAGACUUAUGACUUCAGUGUUUGCUGCCAAAGCUCCUGCAGAUAUGGACCUCGACCCAGACACUUGGGAUAACAAGACUAUCACUAGUGGACUCAAGAAUUACCUCAGGUGUCUGGCUGAACCCCUCCUAACCUACAGACUUCACAAAGACUUCAUCAUGGCAGUCAAGUCAGAUGAUCAGAACUACAGGGCACGUGCCGUCCAUGCUCUUGUAUACAAACUACCUGAGAAGAACAAAGAGAUGCUGGACAUCCUGAUCAAGCAUCUGUUUGAGGUUUCCACACACAGCCAGAAGAAUCUAAUGACAGUAUCUAACCUUGGAGUGAUCUUUGGACCUACACUGAUGCGCUCUCAGGAGGAGACAGUGGCUGCCAUGAUGAACAUAAAGUUUCAAAACAUUGUGGUGGAGAUCCUCAUAGAGAAUUAUGAAAAGAUCUUUCAUCAGUCUCCAGAUCCUAACGUGCCUCUGCCUCAGUCUCAGCCUCAGUCUCAGUCUCGCUCCAGCUCGCGCCGCAGCAACGCCAUCUGCCUGUCGUCAGGACCACGCAAGUCCAGAGGCCUGUACCCACCUGCUCUGUGCCUGGCCGACGCUGACAGUGACACAUUCAGCAGCAGUCCCAGCAGCACACCAAUGGGCAGUAUGGAGUCUCUGUCCUCUCACUCAUCUGAGCGGAACGGCUGCUCCAAGGCAAGCUCUCCGUCUCGCUCCAAACACAAAGCCUCAGGCAGCCUGUGCUGGACCACUCCUUCCCCCUCCUCCAAUGGCCCCAAGAGCCCACCCGGCACCACCAGUCCCGAUUCCAGCUCCAAAGAGGACGCAGCUAAGACAGACGGGGAGUGGGAGGAGGCUCUGAGCAGUCUCCCAACAGGGCGAGCUUCUCCAGCUCCAGAGCUGCCUGAAAGAACAGAGGAUCAGAGCCCGGAGGAGCACGAAGCAGGACGCCUCAGCAUGUCCACCUGCUCCUCCCUCACGUCCCUCCACAUCUCUGAGGGUUUCAGGAGCUGUCAUGGUUCUGUCCAGAGUUUGGUUUCCCGCAGUAACAGAGACAGUCUAAAGUCACUGCCGUUACCAGAUCUUCCCCCAAAAGACACAGGAAGAUACAGACUGGACUCAUCAGCCAGCAAUGGAUACCAGAGGCCUGGAUCUGUGGUGGCCUCCAGAGCAGCUCUCUUUGAAAGCCCUGUGGUCUCCCAGCCGGCUCCUGCUGGAAGGGAAGCCAAGGCUAUGUAUUCCUGCCAAGCAGAGCAUAGUCAUGAGCUCAGCUUCCCUAAAGGGGCGCUCUUCUACAAUGUGCACCCCUCGGUGGAGCCUGGGUGGCUGCAAGCAACAUAUAAUGGCAGAACUGGCCUCAUCCCAGAGAAUUACGUGGUGUUCCUCUAAUAAGGCCUGGAAGCAGAUAAAGUCCAUGGUAUCCAUGGUGUUCAUUUCUCCAAAAAGAGACAGUUUUUUGUACGUUCAUGACAUACACUAUGUGAAUAGUUUGAAUACAGUUCAAAAAUGGUUAUAACCACCCUAUCAACAGUAGAGUAUAUAUGGUCCAUAGUAACUCAAGAUGUAGAUAUUAGAAAGUUUCUAAACAAAUUAAUAUUUUUUGUUUCUUAUUGACAUGUGGUUGGCUCUAUAAAAUCUAAAGUAUUUUAUUUAUAGGUGGGUAAUAAUGCAGAGUGGCGGCUAUUAAUGCAGACUGGCUCUGACGUUGAACCAAUAAUGCGACAACCAUAGACAUAUUACAAGGCCUGUGCUUCUCGUGUUAUUGUUCUAUCUCUGUGAAAGAACCUUUCAGUUAACACACUGAUUAAUGUUUUGGUACUGUUGUCAAGGACAAUAUGAGCUCUGUAUAUUGAAAAGAAGUGAUUUCAUACUACAGGCUGAUCCUUUUAUUCAGUUCCUGUAACUUUGUCUUGUCAGAGCCCAUACAAGAAUGUAUUAAUUACAUAUGGCCUUUGCUGGGGUUAGAAGUCAGUCAGAGACAGUUAAGAAAGUGUUUGAUGUAAACAGUGUUACUGCUUAAACAGAUUUUCAGAACAGGUAUGAGUGUUCAUUUCACUUUUCUUUUUUCUUUGUUACCCUAAAAGAAACAUUUCAAUCAUAGUGAACCAUAUACAACAGAUGCUGGUCAUCAUUUGUUGGGUCAUAUUUGAGCUUGUGUUUGUUUAGUAUUAAGGCUAACCCUAGCCUUCAUCAAUCAAUCUAUCUCUAUCAAAUCCUUCUAAGGAUGAUCAUCUAGAGCAGGGGGAUUCAGUUAUGGGCCUGGAGGGCUGGAGUCCAGUAUAGUUUGUUGUUUGUCCUGCUCUGAUACACCUGAUUCAACUGAUCAGGUCAUUACCAGGAUUAGUGGGUGUACCUGGACAGAGAAAUCAGCAAACUGUGCUGGAAUCUGGUCAUCCAGGACCACAUCUGAUGAUCACUGGUGUUGUGUAGUGAAAGUGAAAGUGCCCUGCUGCUUAAGUAUUAACUGCUUAAAGUUCUUAAAUUAUUUUUAUGUAUUUUUAAGUCAUUUUUUCACAUCCCAUUGUUUCUUUCUUACAUUUCAGAAAGAGCUCAUAGUUAUGCUAUUGAAGUCUCAGCA